UGCUGCUGGAACGAUUCCAGAAAUAAGGAUUUGCGGCUAGAAGAACCUGGAAGUUGCUGGGAAGAAAAGGACUGCCGUUGGUAAAACAUGUGCAGCCAAAUUAUCAGAUGGGAUUUCAACAACGUCACACUUUGUGCGUCAUCUGAAAAGCCACCAAGAGAAGGACUUUGCCUUUGUCGCAUGGGAGAAGGACAGCUGUAUGUUGAAGUGUCAUGUAUUCCACUGUGAUGCUCCGGCCAAAACCAUCGCCAUGGCACUCCAUGAGAUGUGCUCCAAGCUCCUAUCAGAGAGGGCGGCAGUGAAGCCAACUCGCUCACUGACCAUGGAAAAUAUUCCACCACCAGAUUUGCCAAGACAAGUGGAUGUUCUGGAAGCCAUGAGGCAGCAGGUUCACACGUUUCAAGUCCAUUACAUUGGAAAUCUGCCAGUGUCCAGAGCCAUGGGUAUGGCAGUUCUUAACAGAGCUAUCGAGAGCAUCAUGAACUCUACGGAUCGAGAUGAUUGGGAACCUGUAAUCAUGCACGUCACUGAUUCUAUGCUGUCCAUAUGGAAGGGAGAGGUGAUAUCUGCGCGAGGUCGAAGUGAUGUCCAUCAGAGUCUGGAGGAGCUCCAGCAGCAGAGCCAGCUCCAGACCCUUCCCUCUGACCCGGCAUCCCUCAGUUCUCGGCACCGCUGGUCCCAACGCCGUUCACGGGGUUUUCUCCCUCCACCGGAACCGGAAGAGGAUCCCAGACCUUUCAUCCUGGACCUGAGGAACAUCCCAGACCUGGCUAAUGCUGACAUGGGCUCCCAGAAGCCCAACAUCCAGGAAGGACAGGAGCCACUGUGGGAGUGUAAUGUUCGGUGUUUGACCUUUCUGGGUGUAGGUCAGGACAGUCACACCUUUGCUGUGAUCGUAGAUGGAGGAACACAGCGCUUCGAGAGUCAUGUCUUCUGGUGUGAACCUGAUGCUGGGACAAUAUCAGAGGCUGUCCAGGCUGCAUGUAUGGUUCAGUACCAGAAGUGUCUGGUGGCCCAAACUCCAUCCCUGAGGACCAAGUCGUGGUGUGCCACCCAGACCAAGGUCAAACGGGCCAACUCCAUGGACAGCUCUGCAACUCCCCCAACCCCCUCCCAUUUCUAUAACAGAAGUGCUACAGCGACAGCCAGGGUAACCAAGGGCAACAGCAGCGUGGGUACGAACCACAACCUAAGGAAGGGAAUGCUGGCAUUUUUUCAAACCUUCCGCAACAAACAGGCAGCCAGCUCCUAA